AAAUCACAUUCGAUUAAAUUCGAGUCUGAUUGACCAGUAAGACCACGAAAAAAGAAGAAGAAAAAAAAAAUGGGACGAGGCUUGAGAAAAAGAUUGGGAGGAGAAGCGAUAGCUUCAGAAGAUACAGAUACUUUCAGCAUUUUUGGCCCCUUCCAUCUUACAUCUAUUGACUGGACCAAUCCGUACCAUCGAACUUCAGUGGCAUCAAGUUUGGUAAAUGGAGUGUACACAUUGGAAGCGGACAGGCUUGAGGAACGGGUAGGUUCUGAAGCAUUAGCCAAGCCCUGGUGGGAAUUUUUCCACUUCACUUUACUCGAAACCUUGAUGGACGAUGACAACUCCAUAUAUGGUGCCAUUUUCGAAUACGAGCUAUACAACGUUUACGAAAAUACCCCUAAUGUGAAAGUUCCACGCUAUGUGAUUGCCUUCCGUGGCACGGUUUUAAAGGGAAAAACUUGGAAGUUUGAUUUGAAACUUGACCUCAAAUGCAUCUUCAACACCCUCCAUCAAGGUGGCAGGUCUAUGUACGCCCUAAACGCAGUCCGCCGUAUGGUGGACAACCACAACCAUUCAACUAUCUGGCUUGCUGGACACUCUUUGGGAGCUGCCCUAGUGUUGUUGGCUGGAAAGACCAUGACAAGGGUUGGAUUCCUCCUCGAAAGUUACAUAUUCAACCCACCCAUCUCGUCUAUUCCUCUAGAGCAGCUACCCGGUGGCGAUAUAAUUAAAGGUGUGUUUCAAAUCGCCAAGAGUGUCGUCAAAGCCACCGUAGCCAUGGCCUUAACCGAUCUACAGGUUCCAAAAGAAGAUCCAAAGACAGCAUCAUGGAUACCUUAUUUAUAUGUGAAUCCAGCAGAUCCAAUUUGUGCAGGAUACAUCGAUUACUUCAGACACAAAACCUUCAUGUCUGAGAUCGGAGCAAGCAACAUCGAGAGAACCGGUGCUAGAAAGUCAGUUAGGAGUCUAUUGGUGGGAAGAAGAGGAAAAACACUAUCGUCGGAUUUGUCAUCGGAACCUCUUCACCUUCUUCCAUCAGCGGAUAUGACUGUAAACAAGAACAAACCGACUAAGUCUACGACAGCUCAUGGACUUCACCAAUGGUCUGAUAAGGAAGAAGAAGAAGAGGAAGAAGGAGCAAUGGCCUCAGAUAGAGAUGCUUUCAGCGUUUCUGGCCCCUUCCAUCUUACCUCUAUUGAUUGGAACAAUUCAUACCAUCGAACUUCAGUGGCAUCAUGUUUGGUAAAUGGAGUGUACUUAUUGGAAGGGGACAGGCUUAAGAAAAGGGUAGGUCGUCCCGAUUCACGAGCCACGGCUUGGUGGGAAUUUUUCCACUUCACUUUACUCGAAACCUUGAUCGACGACGACUGCACCAUAUAUGGCGCCAUUUUCGAAUACAACCACUACAACCUUUACAAAAAUACCCCUAAUUUGAAAUUACCUCCACAUUAUGUGAUUGCCUUCCGCGGCACGGUUCUAAAGGGAGAAACAUGGAUGCCUGAUGUGAAACUUGACAUUCGAUGCAUCUUAGAUAACCUCCAUCGAGGCGGCCGGACUAUCCACGCUAUACAAGCUAUCCGCGCUAUGAUUGACAAACAUAGUGAAUCAGCUAUCUGGCUUGCUGGACACUCUUUGGGAGCCGCCCUAGUGUUGCUGGCCGGGAAGACCAUGAAAAUUUCUGGAUUCCUCCUCGAGAGUUACAUAUUCAACCCACCCAUCAUAACUGUUCCUCUAGAGCAGUUACCUGGCGGCGUUCUACUUAAAGGUGCGUUUCGAAUCGCCGAGAGUCUCGUCAAAGCUACUGCAGCUACUGUAGAUAUGACCUUAACCAAUAAACGGGUUCCAGAAGAUUCUAAAACAGCAUCGUGGAUACCUUAUAUAUAUGUGAAUCCAGCAGAUCCAAUUUGUGCAGGAUACAUCGAUUACUUCAGACACAAAACCUUCAUGUCUAAGAUUGGAGCGAGUAAAAUCGAGAAAACCGGUUCUAGACACUCAUUUAGAACUCAAUGGAAACGAGGAAUAGGAACAUCAUCAUCACCACUGCCCAAUUUGUCAAUGGAACCUCUUCACCUUCUUCAAUCAGCAGAUAUGACUGUCAACAAGAACAAAUCAUGUUCGUCUAUGGUAGCUCAUGGGCUUCACCAAUGGACCAAUUUGUACCACCGAGCGUCAUUGGUAUCAUGUUUGGUACAAGGAGUGUACACAAUGGAACGAGACAGGCAACAAAACCGGUGUGGUUCUGACUCACAAGCUAGACCUUGGUGGGCGUUUUACAGGUUCACUUUAUACCAACAACUUAGGGACGCAUCAGACGGCUCCAUAUACGGGGCCGUUUUCCAGAACGACAUCAAUUACCAGAAUACUCCCAACUCGAUAGUACCUCCACCACGUUACAUUAUUGCGUUACGUGGAACGAUCCUAAGGCCACAAACUAUGGCUUGUGAUGUUCAACUUAACAUUCGUUUCGCCUUCGAGAACCUCCACCGCGGGGGUAGAUUUGUGCAGGCCAUUCAAGCAAUGCAAUAUUUUGUGGCCACAUAUGGAAACACAGCUGUCUGGAUCGCUGGACACUCUCUAGGAGCUGGCCUGGCACUACUCGCGGGGAAGAUCAUGGCCAUGUAUGGACACCCCGUGGAGGCUUACAUCUUCAACCCACCUAUCUCCUUGAUUCCUCUAGAGCAGCUAGUUGAGAGUGAGGAUCUUAAAUGUGCGGUCCGACUCAUUAGAGAUAUCGUCAAAGCCGGCAUAGCAAGAGUCCUAGACCUUAAUGAGGGUCAAGAAAGCCAUCUAUUAAUGAAUUUAGCUUCCUGGAAACCUCAUUUGUUUGUGAACCAAUCAGAUCCAAUCUGCUCUGAAUAUAUUGGCUAUUUCAAUCAUAGAGGCGAUAUGAAUGAGCUGCAACUGAGUAGGAUCGAGAGGUUGGCUAGAUACUCAAUUAGGAGAAUAUUGUUCGGAGGAAGGGAAAGUUCGUCGUUGUAUUCUUCAGAAGAACAUCUUCAUUUUCUUCCGUCGGCCAUUGUGAUGGUGAACACGGUCAUAUCACCGGAUUUUCAGACAGAUCAUGGGAUUCAUCAAUGGUGGCAUCCUAUGCUUGGACAGUUUUCAUACCAAAUUAUAGUAUGACUUGUGCUUUCAUCGCUUCAGUUAUUUUCUUUCAGUUCAAUCUUCUAUACAAAUAUUGUAGGGGGUUUUGCUUGCAUGUCACAUCAGACUUUUUCUCAGCAUUUUAUUUUCAAUUGU